AUGUCGUGCAAAGAACUUUCUCUCUCGUGCCUUUGGUCCAACAAGGAUGUCACAACGAUCAGUAUUCUGAUCGGAAGCAACGCUGGAAGUUUUCUACUUGGCUGUCUCCUCACUAUUUUCAUCACUCGCUUCCCUCGAAGCAAGCCACAACAAAGUCCAGUUCACCGCACGUCCUUUAUCAAAAUCCGACCAGAGUCCACUCUUUAUGAACAAACAGUCACGUCAAAGCCCAAUGCCGUCGACCAUCCAAACUCUAGAAUGGUGCCCAUUUCCCCGUGUUCACUCUCCCACACUUUUGUACGACACAGUAUCAAACCACCAAUGAACAUGUUCAACUCGCUGCCAUCGUCUUCCGACAACCACUGGAAGUUGGGUGCCCACAGAAAGGAGCAUCCGCUCAUGGUGAACGAGAGUGCCUUUGGGAGAAGACCGUCCGAGUCGGACAUGUCAACCGUCUAUGGUGGCGCAAGUAUAGAAAAUGGUGGUGACUAUUCCAAUCUCUUUGACCCUGAGAAGCGGCGCUCCGUAGGCGGUAGCUCCCUCUCACGCGAUCCCGGACGCCGCCAAUCUCAGUCUACGUAUACGAGUGACUCGCGAACCCCAUUCCAGAUUCCAAUUGCUGGUGCGAGUGCUGUUCAAGAGCCUGUGGUUGCCGCAAAGGACGCGGGGUCGUAUCGGGAGUAUCCUAUUCGACCAAAGAGGGCGUCGACAAAGUACGAUGUCACCUAUCCCCUUACUCGACAACGGACACUUUCAUCAAACAGUGUGAGUGCAAGACCGGAUUUGGGCGCGGACACCAGGCCGAGUCUCUCCACUUCCGUCGUCGGGGAUGGCUCUCCUCAGACACGGAUUAUGCAUCCAUUCUCUUCAAGUACUACCUUCGAGGAUAAUACGAGCCAGCACUCUCACCCUCAGGUGUCUAAGCAUCCGUUAAUGCCCAUCGUCACAGGUGAAGCCCUGGCUUCUUCCUCUUCGCAUCCACGAGCAGCAGAGAUGGAGAGCCCAGAACACCAGUUGUCCGAGCGACAACAGGCUGCAUCAUUUUAUCAGGAGCAUGCAACACGCCACCUCAGCCUGCCUCAAGGCGCACAACUCAUGACGAGUCCUGUGCUACCAGAGAGUCCGAGUGUCAUCGGAGGCUUGGAUAGGAAUGACUUUUCGUUUGCUAGAGGACAGCCAUCAAAACUUCGAUAG